UCUGCUACUUGCUCUGCUCUGCUCCACAGAAACUCCGACUCCUUCCCUGCUUUUUCCUUCCUUCACUCUCCACUCAGUCCACAUCCACCAAGAAGAGGAAGAAGGAGGAGAAGAAGAAGAAGGGGGUGAUCGGAUCGGCAAUGGCGAGCAUGGCGGCGAUGGGCGUGCUCAGUUCCUCGCCCGCUUCCGAUUCCUGGACCCAGAGGAAGCAGAACCAUCAUCACCGCACCCCCUCCCUCUCGUUCUCCUCCUCCCAGCUCUCCGGUGACAAGAUCGCGCCCUGCAAUGCUGUGGCCGCUGCCUCCCCUUCCGGCAGGGGAAGGGCCCCGAUCCUCGUCUCCCCCAAGGCAGUCUCCGACUCCCGCAAUGCCCAGACCUGUCUCGACCCCGACGCUAGCCGGAGUGUUCUAGGAAUUAUAUUGGGAGGUGGAGCUGGGACCAGGCUCUACCCACUCACCAAGAAGAGAGCAAAGCCCGCGGUUCCUCUGGGAGCAAACUACAGGCUGAUCGAUAUUCCCGUUAGCAACUGCUUGAACAGCAACAUUUCCAAGAUCUAUGUCCUUACCCAGUUCAAUUCCGCGUCGCUGAACCGCCACCUCUCUCGUGCUUACGCAAGCAACAUGGGCGGCUACAAGAAUGAGGGCUUCGUCGAGGUUCUUGCUGCUCAGCAGAGCCCCGAGAAUCCUAACUGGUUCCAGGGCACCGCAGAUGCUGUUAGGCAGUAUCUCUGGUUAUUCGAGGAGCACAAUGUAUUGGAGUUCUUGGUUCUUGCUGGAGACCACUUGUACAGAAUGGACUACGAGAGAUUCAUUCAAGCUCAUAGAGAGACUGAUGCUGAUAUCACUGUGGCUGCUCUUCCCAUGGAUGAAAAACGUGCCACGGCAUUCGGGUUGAUGAAGAUCGACGAAGAGGGACGCAUUAUUGAGUUUGCCGAGAAACCGAAAGGCGAGCAGCUCAAAGCAAUGAAGGUUGAUACUACCAUUUUAGGUCUUGAUGAUGAGAGGGCGAAGGAGAUGCCUUACAUUGCAAGCAUGGGAAUAUAUGUUGUGAGCAAGGAUGUGAUGCUUGAUCUUCUUAGGGAGAAGUUUCCCGGAGCCAAUGACUUCGGAAGUGAAGUUAUUCCUGGUGCCACUUCCAUUGGAAUGAGAGUGCAAGCGUACUUGUAUGAUGGGUACUGGGAAGAUAUUGGGACAAUUGAGGCCUUCUACAAUGCAAACCUUGGGAUCACAAAGAAGCCAGUGCCUGAUUUCAGCUUCUAUGAUCGGUCAUCUCCAAUUUACACCCAGCCACGGUAUCUCCCUCCAUCAAAGAUGCUAGAUGCUGAUGUCACUGACAGUGUGAUUGGUGAAGGCUGUGUCAUAAAGAAUUGCAAAAUUCACCAUUCAGUGAUUGGACUGCGUUCAUGCAUCUCGGAGGGUGCAAUCAUUGAAGACACCUUAGUCAUGGGAGCUGACUACUAUGAGACGGACGCGGACAGGAGGUUUCUUGCUGCAAAGGGCAGUGUCCCAAUUGGCGUUGGCAAGAAUUCUCACGUCAAGAGAGCUAUCAUUGACAAGAAUGCUCGGAUUGGGGACAAUGUAAAGAUUAUUAAUGGCGACAAUGUUCAGGAAGCAGCGAGGGAAACCGAUGGCUACUUCAUAAAGAGCGGGAUCGUUACCGUGAUCAAGGAUGCGUUGAUCCCGAGCGGCACUGUAAUCUAAGAAAGAAGUUUCUGACACGAGAGCGAGUUGUAACGUAACAAAGGCCAGUGAAAUUAUCUAAGUUCCAGUUUUCGAGUUCGCAUACUAUAAGUUGCAAUGUAAAUUUACAAUAUGCCACAAAUAUCACUACUGCUUAAAUCAGACAGAUGCUACAGAGGACCUGAAGAGAAGGUUAUAUAUGCUGUAAAGUCUUUACAUUCUAAAAAUUAAUUUAAAUUCAGUCUAAAUCUUCAUGUAA